UGAGGCCUUCCCUGGAGACCUUAAUGUACAGGAGCUGGAGGAGAGAGCCAGAGCAGGAGAAGCUAAAGCACAGACUGAGAUGGGGCGCUACCACCUGCGGCUGGCUGAGCAGGAGGAGGACGAGGCGAACAACGUUGCCGCGGUUACAUGGCUCCUGCAGGCGGCCAAGAACGGACGCAGAGACGCAGUCAAGCUCCUGCAGCGCUGUCUCAGUGAAGGCCGGGGCAUCACAGCUGAGAAUAGGGAGAGGGUCCAUAGUCUUGCGUUGGAGUCGCGCUUUGAAAGAGGGGUGAGGAAGGCCGCCUUGCUGAUGUACUGGAGACUCAACCCAGAGAGGAAGACCAACAUCACCCCUGCAGAACUACUGGAGAACGCGACCCGCAUGGACACACAAACAGAUGGUCCUCCCCCGGGUCCGCUCUCCACGUCAGCUCUUAAACAGAGGAAAGUGCUGGAAGGCCUCAUCUCCACUGAGCGUCCGUAUGUGCAGGUGGAGGACUUUGUUGAGAACACUAAGCGCUAUGCACUGGGCGUCGCCCCCUCGCCGGCAUUAGAUGGCGCUACAGGAGUGGAUUACUACGACGAUGACGAUGAAGAACCUGUCAAGAACCCAGACGAGCUGCCCCUGCACCAGAAGGUGCUGAAGUUCCCUCUGCAUGCGGUGCUGGAGAUCAAGGAGGUGCUGAUUGACUGGGCCUCGCGGGCCGGCAUGCAGUGGCUGAGCGCGCUGAUCCCCACACACCACGUCAACGCCAUGCUCUUCUUCUUCAUCAUCUCCAACCUGACGCUGGACUUCUUUCUUGUGGCCGUGCCGCUGGUGGUCUUCUACCUGGCCUUCGUCUCCAUGGUCAUCUGCACACUGCGCGUCUUCCAGGACAGCCGCGGGUGGGACAACUUCCGUGUGCUAACACAGCUGCUGACACGCUUCGAGCCGGCGCUGGACGUGGAGACGGCCGAGUCCAACUUCAGCUGGAGCCACCUGGAGCCGCUGCUCUACUUCCUGCUCUCCGCCCUCUUCCUGGUGCUCUCCUUCCCGUUGGCCGACGAGGCCUGGGUGCCCUGCUCGGAGCUGGCGGCCGUGGCUAUCUUCUUCACGGUGAGCAGCUACCUGAGCCUGCAGCCCAUCGCCCAGCCGCUAGCCCGGCACGCCCUAUCGGCUCAGCUGGGCAUCACUCUCUGCACGGCCUUCAACCAGCAGAUCGGCGGUUGGCUGGGCACGGUCGUGGGCGGGACUUGGCUCAGCAUCCAGCUGGGCGAUUGGGCGGCGCUGAACGUGGGCGUGCCUUGCCUGUUUUACGGCUACCUGCUGGCCACGUGCUGGCGCAUGGUGUCCCUGCGCGGCUACCGGGGCUUCUACUGCGUGCUGCUGCCCUACCUGCUGUGCUUCGUCUGGGCCGAGCUGGCCGGCACCCUGCUGGAGCACUCCUCGCCACUGGGGCUGAUGCGCACCUGCGUGGGCUACCUGCUGUUCGUCUUCGCGCUACCUGUGCUGGCGCUGGGCGUGGUGGCGGCGGUGGCAGUGCAGCUGGCCCAGUGGUUCCUGGCGCUGGACGUGGCCAAGAUGGUGGUGACGGCUAGCGUGUGCGUGCUGCCCGUGCUACUGCGCUGGUGGACGCGCUUCUCCGUCUCGCCGCUGGCCGUGCUGCGCUCACUGCGCCGGAGCAGCCUGGUCAAACUCAUCCUGGUGUGGAUCAGCGCCCUGCUGAUGUUCUGCUGGCUCUACGUCUUCCGCAGCGAGGGCAUGAAGGUCUACAACUCCACACUGAGCUGGCACGAGUACGGGGAGCUCUGCGGACCCAGGGCGUGGCGUGAGGGCAGCAUGGCCCAGACGCAGGUGCUAUGCAGCCACCUGGAGGGCCACCGCGUCACCUGGACGGGCCGCUUCCGCUAUGUGCGCGUGACUGAGCUGGAGAACGGUGCGCAGGCGCUGGUCAACAUGCUGCCGGGCCCCGUGGCCGACUGGCUGCGCUGUUUCUACGGCGACGAGUACCCGCCCUGCCAGGAGCCGCCGCCGCCUCGCCCCGUCCCUGCCGGCGCCCCUCCGCCCGACCCCCUGUGCCGCAUCAAGCCCCUGGCCAAGCACCGCUGCCACCUCAAGCGCUACGACCGCCACAAGAUGGAGGUGACGCUCGGCAUGCCGCGCGGUGGUGGCAGCGGCGGCGAUGGCAACAGUAACACCGCGCACGAGGACGAUGCCACCAAAGACAUAGUGCUGCGUGCCAGCGAUGAGUUCCGCACGGUGCUGCUGGCCCUGCGCUCGGGCAGCCUGCUGGAGUUCAGCACGGUGCUGGAGGGCCGUCUAGGCAGCAAGUGGCCCGUGUUCGAGCUGAAGGCCCUGCGCUGCCUGAACUGUAACGGCACGCACCCGGCCGUGCCCGCUGGCAGGCAGAUGAAGCUGGAGCAGGACUGGCGCUCCCGCCUGCGCCACGCGCUCGCCUUCGCCUUCCACUUCCUCUUUUACCCACUGCUAUCCGUCCCCCCCGAGGCCGAAACCCACGUA